AUCGCUGCUUUUUGUCCAAAGACGUUUAGUGACGUAAUUACCCGCGGUACACAUAUUAUGUUUGUGCUGGCGGUUUUGUUUGGAGUGGUUUGAAAUUUGGUGUUGCUUCUCUGUUUGUUUACGAUUGACGAACGUUUGUGGAAAAUGUUUAAAGAGAAGUUAUUUCUGUGUGUUUUCACCGUGUGUAUUUUUGGAUAAAAUGAUAAGUUCUUUGACGUAAAUCCGUACGACUGGGAACAAAGUGGAUUAUGCGUGAACCUACAUAUCUGCUCCUGAUGAACAAUGGACACCUUUAAAAAGCCAGAAAGGGUUCCACCAAGGAAAACAGUAAAGGGUAGCCAACAAGAUACACACUACUGUGCAAGACUCGAGUCCUCUGUAACGUCCGCUUCCCCAUCAACAUCACUUUGUUCACAACAGUCAAAAUGCAAUAACUAUAGCUAUGCUGCGAGUUUUUACAAAAGUGUUAUAAAUAACAGUACUUUAUCCAAUGACUCAAGAGUUCUACAUGAUUCUUCUCAAUUACACAGUUCUGUAAAGAAGUUUGGUGAAACUAUGUGGCUUGAGCUUAUAAAUACUGCCAGUAAGUGGCAGGUUGAGGGAUUUGCUGAAAAGUGCAAGGAAAUGAAAAUGAGGGCAGCUCUGUCAAAAGGCAAUUUACAUAAGAAAGUGGUGUUCUUUGAAAGAUGGUGGUGUGUUUUAACAGAUGAACUCGAUCUCUGCAUUCAGGGAUUUGUGGAGAACAAGAGUGGUAUGGUUCAGACUGAACCCAUAAUAAAACGAAUGGAUUCCCAUACUGUGGCUAGUCGAAAUUAUUUAUGCAAACUGAAAAAUUUCAGUGAUGAAGACUGUGUUUCAGGUUUACCACAUUUCAUUAAAAACAGAUUUGCUUGUGGAUUCCCUGAAGACUGGAAACUGUUAAGAAGACAAUGGACCAUGUUUUUAAAAGCAGGAGAACCACGAGAUUUUCAGUGGAAGGGAAAUGACAAUGCAGCUAUUUUAGACAACUGUUCUUCCAUCCAAAAGCCCCCUGGACAAUCAUCACAAGAAAGUAGUUGUGAGGAAUUCACAAACAAAACUCAAAAGAGAAAUUCAUUGCUUGCCAACAAUAAGUUCACAGAAAGAGUUCUUGGACUUGGUUCUACUAAUGCUGUAGUUGAAAAAUGUGAUACUAAAAAUACAGGAAACCGACCAUGUUUAGAAGAAGAAAGAACUAACUGUGCAAUCGCUAAAAGAAAUGAACCAGAAUGUAGCAACACUGCUACAACUACAAAGAAGCAUUUUCUGGCAACUAAAAGAAGUUUCGAUAUUGUUAAUGAUAGUGAAGACUCGAGCGAUGAAGAUAAUGGCAUUGUCAACUUGGGGACGAAUUGCCAAGAUGCAAAAAUCAAUGAUAAUCAGUAUGGAAAUAAGGAGCAAUCGGUUGUCGUGAGAAGAAAUAAUACACCUCAAGCAUUGGUGGGUAAUGAAGUAUUACUGGAGAAGUGGCUGCCCGUCUUGAAGGGGAGACAACUCUGCUUCAAAGGAGUCAGGUCUACAGGGAGCACAUACAACGAUCACACAACAGCUGCAGUAAAAUCAAGACUUAAAAGUGAUACUGUGACACUUGUUGAUGGCAGUAUCUGCAAGCUUAUAGGGCAGCUUCAUGAUGUACAAAAUUGUUUGCCUGCAGAAAUUGGAUCUAAGUUCAAAUGUGGAAUGCCACUGCAUUGGCGGAAAGUAUUAGAUAGGUGGAUUACCUAUGCCACCAUUGCUAAAGGUACACCUGCUACAAGAAGUGAAUCAUCACACUUGAAUAACCAGCAACAAGGAAAUGUGAAAACAAGCUCACGGGGCCGUAUUUUGCUGCGACCAGUGAAACACUGGUUAGGUGAGACUCCUUCAUCAGUCAUUAACUGUAUGGCAGACAACAAUAAAGAGAAAAAUAACGACGUACGAGAGAAACUAUGGAAUGAUCAAGGCUCAAAUGCUUUGCCUGCUGUGAAAAGUGACAGAGUGCAAAGUGCAGGUGACAAGAAAAAAUGUGAGAUGUUGAACAAGCCGGAGGCAGUACCACCAAAAAGCGUAAAAAAUGCAGUCAACUCAACACGAAAGAAAGAUUUAGUUUACAGAAACGUAAAGAAAAGUAAAAAAGAACGGCAGCCAUCUAUACCUGACACAGACAAAGUUGUGAAUAGUGAUCCUUUAGAUGGCAAUAACUGUCCAGAAAAUCAAUUUGAAAACCCAAUUCAUUUUACAAAUUCAGAAAGGAGAGUUCUGAAGAGUGGAAACAAACAAAUCAAUGCACAAAAAGAAAGUUCUAAUGCCAUAAUGUACAAGAACAAGAGUGAUGGUGUUGGUAAGAAUGAAGUUUCUCAUAGUAUCCACUCAAUUAAUAAAAUCAGUAAAGGAAAUUUAAAGCCAAAUACUACAGUUCCAGUACUAGGCAAAGAUAGUAAAGAUUCCACCAAUGACAAAAAUAGUAAGCACACCACCAAGAAAACUAAAAAUAUGAAAACAAGUGAUAUGGGCUAUGAUUUUACAGAUUUUCUCGGGAAACCCCCACGUACCCUGAAGCAGAGGAAGAAACUGGCCAAAAUAGUCAAAACACUAUCACAAAAUAACAAAAAAAAUGUGGAUUUAUAUGAUGAUACUUCAGAAGAUCAUGAAAAUAGUAGGGCGGAGUGGAGUGAUUUUAUAGAUUUGAGUGGUUGUGCAACUUUUAACAUCGGAGAAGAAACACCACGUUCAGAGUUACUUCAUGGAAGUUGUUUCAAGACACCUGAGACUUCUCCAUCGCGCACUAUAUUCCAGAUAACACCAUGUAAUAGUGGUGAAGUUCUGCGAUACGUUCAUCAACAGAAGACAAAAAAUGACAGAGCUGUCGAAAAGAAAGAUGCAAAGAAAACAAAAUUAUCUUUUAUUCAUACCACAACAGAAAAUCAGGCUGUAAAUGACAUAUAUACAGCACUUCUGAAGGGAGAAACCAUCCCAAAACAUAUAAUAACCAAAGCAAUGAAUGUUGACAGUGAUGAUAGUUCAUCUGAAUCUUUUGACUGAUGUAAUUAACAUAAAUAGCUGGGCCAUAGUAUUUUAUGUGCUGUGCAGUGAUGGUUUGUCUGAUUAGUAUUUACUAAUAAUUUUACAAAUGCUUUUUUUAGUUUUGGGAAG